AUGGCUCCACCACGAAGAAAGAGGAAUAACAGUAGCAUGCCUUCCCAAGAGGAAGAAGAACACGUUGAUUCUGUUUCCAGGCAUGAAGAGCAACAAGAUCGGGAAGAAAGGCAAGAGGAGGCUGAAAUCACUCCUGCAAACUUGGCACACAUCCUCAGCGCUUUCGGUAGGACUCAAAAGGAGAUGGUUGACACCAUGAAGCAAUUGAAGGCCCCUUCUUUUGUUACCCAAGAUGAUGUUGUUGCCAUGCUGGAAAAAGAAUUACGCCGUGGCUCCGAAGACUGGAAGUUUGCUCCUCACCCCCCUUAUCCUUCAAGCAUAAUGCAUUUGUCUUAUCCCAAAAAUUAUGAAACACCCACUUUUACUCUUUUUGAUGGGAGAAAGGGCAGCCCAAAAGAGCAUAUCAGUCAAUUUAUCGACGCUCUCGGCCCUCAUGCUAGCAAUCAUAAUCUCAGGCUGAGGGAAUUUUCUAAAACCCUCACUGAUCGUGCAUAUACUUGGUACACCACCCUAGCUCUUGGUUCCAUUCGAAGCUGGGACGAAAUGGCAAGCAAGUUUUGUAGAAAAUAUUUCCAAUAUGAGGAAAGGGUGACCGUUGCAUAG